AUGGGGGAGGAUGCCGGAGAUGGCUACGGCACGCCAUCGGCUGCACUCACGGCCAUCGUUGUCAAGGGCAAGCGCAGCAAGCGGCGCCGCGUGCACGCCGCGGUGAUCGCGGCCGCGGAGGCCGAGGUGACCGCGGUCACCACGGCCAGCGCCGCGGGAGAGGUGGCGUCGUCGUCGUCCUCGGUGGCGGAUGGUGGCGGGUGGCGGUCUGGCGCGGAUGAGGCGGCCUCCGGGUGCGUGACGGAGGAGGAGGAGGACAUGGCGCUCUGCCUCAUGCUGCUCGCGCGCGGCGGUGGCGGCGGCCAAGGAAGCAGGGCCGGGCCGUCGUCCUCGUCGUCGUCGGCGGUGGUGAGGGAUGACGUCGCGGAGUCCACGGCCGGGGCGGUGGCCACGGCGAGGGAGGGCAAGUUCCGGAGCCGGCGCCCGGCGGACGGCGGCGAGGGGGAGUUCGUGUACGAGUGCCGGACGUGCGGCAAGUGCUUCCCGUCCUUCCAGGCGCUCGGCGGCCACCGCACCAGCCACAAGAAGCCGCGCCUCCCGCUCCCGCCAAGCGCGGCGACGGCGACGUCGUCCGAGGAGAAGGUGAAGCUGGCGCCCCAGGCCGCCGAGGAGAAGACGCCACCGCCGUCGCCGGCCACUGCCGUCGAUCGGACGGUGCUGGCGAUCCCGGUCCCGGCGACGCCGCCCAAGCAAGAAGGCGCGGCCACGGCGACCGGCGUGUCGUCAAAGCAGCAGCAGCAGGGGCAGGGGAGGGUGCACGAGUGCUCCAUCUGCGGCGCGGAGUUCGGGUCCGGGCAGGCGCUGGGCGGGCACAUGCGGCGCCACCGCCCGCUGCUGCCGGCGUCGGCGUCCAUCUCUUCCACGGACGGCGUGUCGGCGGUGCUGGUGAUCAGGAAGGAGAAGAGCCUCCUGGAGCUGGAUCUCAACAUGCCGGCGCCCUGCGACGACCCCGCCGGCGCCGGAGCCGAGGCUACCUCGCCAUCGUCCUUCUCCUUCGCCGUGAAGGAGCGGCCGUCUGUGCCGGCGGCGCUGCUGCCAUUCCGGGCUCCGGCGUCGGCCCUGGUGGACUGCCAUUACUAGGCACCGAUGAAGCAAAGCAACAUACAGACAGUAAUUAGCUCCUCUGUUUCUCAUUUGUUCCACACACACAUAUACACAUUUACUACAUAGUAGUACAUGCCUUGCUGUGAUCUGAAACCAUACAUAUUCUUUCUUCUUCAUUUUACCAUUUGUUCUGUUCAAAUUGAUUGAUUAUUGAUGAUUGGAAACUGGUGGCCACUGUAGAAUUUGUCAGGUGUACAAAAAUGUUUGUCUGAGAUUUGACAUUUUAUCAUGUGAUUAUAUUGAUUGAUUCAUUCACUUAA